UUCUCCUUGCUUUGAACUUGUCGCUUUGUUGUUAGGAGCUUGGUCCCUCUUCUGAACCUCCCAUUUUUCUUACAUAUUUCUCUCAUUUUCCGAGGGUCCAGCUCCUGGGUAUUGCUGGUCAGAGGGUCUUCUAAAGCAAAUUUUCCUUCUUUUCGGUUUUCUGAACCUUUUGGGUUAUCAAAGUUUUUUUUUUCUUUCUUUUUUUUGUAAAUGUGGAGAGACACUGGAGAGAAUGCUGAUUCUUACUAUGAAGUCCGUCCUGAAUGUACGGAUGUUCCCAAAACUCGAUUCAAAAUCAAGGCUGGUAAAACACUAAGUCAAAGGAAAUGGCAGAGUGCAUUUUCUCCGGACGGGCAACUAGAUAUAAGCAAGACUCUUGGUCGAAUCCAGCGUGGGGGGAUCCAUCCAUCAAUUAGAGGAGAAGUUUGGGAAUUUCUACUUGGUUGUUAUGAGCCUAAAAGUACAUUUGAAGAACGAGAAGAGAUACGGCAAAAUAGAAGGGUACAAUAUAUUAGGUGGAAGGAAGAGUGUCGUGAAAUAUUUCCUGUUGUUGGAAGCGGCCGGUUUAUCACAGCUCCUGUAAUCACUGAAGAUGGCCAGCCGAUUCAGGAGCCUCUAGUAAUUUUAGAGACAAAUCAAGACGGAGACCCAGCUGUACCUUCUGAAGAUGGUAAUUCUGCUCAAGAUGUUGUUUCAUCAGAUGCUGAAGCUGUUGCUUCUACCUCAGAAAUUGUGAAAAAUCUUACUAGUAAAGGUCCUUUGGACAAUAAAGUAAUCCAGUGGUUGCUUACCUUACAUCAAAUAGGUCUAGAUGUGGUUCGCACUGACAGGACAUUGGUUUUCUAUGAGAAGCAAGAAAACUUGUCAAAACUUUGGGAUAUUCUUGCUGUUUAUGCCUGGAUUGAUACAGACGUUGGUUAUUGUCAAGGGAUGAGCGAUCUUUGUUCCCCCAUGAUAAUGCUUCUUGACCAUGAAGGUGAUGCAUUUUGGUGCUUUGAACGUUUGAUGCGUCGAUUGCGAGGAAAUUUCAGAUGCACUGAGAGCUCUGUUGGGGUGGAGACACAACUUAGUAAUUUAGCUGCAAUAACUCAAGUUAUUGAUCCAAAACUACAUCAGCAUUUAGAUGCCCUUGGUGGAGGUGACUAUUUAUUCGCGUUUAGGAUGCUCAUGGUUUUAUUUCGACGAGAAUUCUCUUUUUGUGAUUCACUUUACCUUUGGGAGAUGAUGUGGGCCCUUGAAUAUGACCCUGAUUUGUUCUAUAUAUAUGAAGAGUCUGAUACAGCUGCUGACAAAGCUGAGGGAUCUAAACUUCAAUCGAAAUCCAUACGCCAAUAUGGGAAGUAUGAGAGGGAAAAUAUGAAAAUGGGACCUGGGAGUUCAGAAGCCCCACUCCCCAUCUCUGUUUUCCUUGUUGCCAGUGUCUUGAAAGAUAAGAGCUCAAAAUUGUUAACAGAAGCUAGGGGCCUUGAUGAUGUUGUUAAGAUACUGAAUGACAUGACUGGUAAUUUAGAUGCCAAAAAAGCAUGCACUGGUGCAAUGAAACUUCAUAAGAAAUACUUGAAGAAGGCCAAGAAGACAUAGCAUUGAUGAAAUACAAUAUUAUUUUAUUUUUUUCUGUUUUUGGGUUUGCGAGGUCAAGAAAUAUCGGAAUGCAGUAGCAUUUCAUAUCUUGAUUUUGCAAGUGAUAACUUUAGUUCCCACACAAAUCUUUGCUUGGAGAUUACAGAACUGUACAAUUGCUCCAACCUGCAAAAUGGUCCUUUGUAAAGGAAAUUGUUGUAUGUGAAAGUCAAAAACAUUUUCUUUUCCUCAUUAGUUCUGUAUCCUAAACAUUCUUGAAUUCCCUACUGGAAUCUGUGUACUGUAUUAUCCUUAUACUUUCUUUACAAUCAUUCAAUGAAAUAGAAAGAAAAUAUUUUACUUGUAUCAGUA